UUCUGGUGACCCACAACCCGACCGGAAAGGGAGGAGACUUCAGACGUAGAGAAAGCCAUACUUGUUUAAAUGGCGGCACCCGGGAAGAACGUGGAGGAAAUUCGGAAUCGAGUAAUUUUGGAGGAAUUUGGUUUGAAGAAUGUACAUACAACAGAUUUUCCUGGCAACUACCCUGGCUUAGAUGACUCUUGGGACAUGCACCAAUUUCAAAAGAACUUCAGAAUUGACAUAGUGCAUCUGGACGAAAGCAGUAUGGAGUUUGACAUGGUAGGGAUUGAUGCGUCCAUUGCCAACGCCUUCAGAAGAAUCUUACUAGCAGAGGUGCCCACAAUGGCUGUUGAGAAGGUGUUCAUCUAUAACAAUACAUCAAUUGUCCAGGAUGAAGUCCUUGCUCACAGAUUAGGCCUGAUUCCCAUUAAAGCAGAUCCUCGUCUGUUCGAGUUCAAGAAUGCAGGGCAAGAGUCUGCAGAAGAUGAUGGUUCUGAAAUAGACACAAUUCAACUUCAACUGAAGAUCAAAUGCAGCAGAAAUCCAAAUGCCAGCAAAGAGUCAUCUGACCCACGAGAACUGUAUCGGAACCACAUGGUUUACUCCAGAGAUUUAAAGUGGAUCCCCCUUGGAAACCAGGCUGAUGUUUUUGCAGACUUUUCCAUCCGGCCAGUGCAUGAUGACAUCCUGAUAGCUCAGUUACGACCAGGACAGGAACUGGACAUAGUCAUGCACUGUGUCAAAGGCAUUGGCAGGGAUCAUGCUAAGUUCUCUCCAGUGGCAACAGCAAGUUACCGCCUCCUGCCAGAGAUCACAUUAUUGGAAGUGGUGGAGGGAGAAAAGGCAGAGCUCCUGAAACACUGCUUCUCACGAGGUGUUAUAGACCUGGAAGAUGUUCGCGGUAAAAAAAGUGGCCAAAGUGGUGAACAGUCGACUAGAUACAUGCAGCAGAGAAGUUCUCCGACAUGUGGAUCUAAAGAAUUUGGUGAAGCUGGGAAGGGUUCGAGAUCAUUUCAUAUUCACUGUGGAAUCUACUGGUAUCCUGCCUCCAGAUGUGCUGGUUACAGAGGCCAUCCAGGUUCUCAUGUCCAAAUGUCAAAUGUUUCUCAAUGAAAUGACCUGUACUGACAUGGAAUAAAUGAUUGAACGAUU